CGGCCACCCUCGAAGCGCAAGUUCAGUCGCCGCGGGUGAAACUGACGUUUUUUUUUUCUUCCCCCUUCCGAGGUUUGCGUUCUCUCGUGCAUACGUGCGUGCGUGCGUGCUUACUUGCUUUUACUUACUUACUUACUUACUUACUUACUUGUGUAUUAUAUAUAUGUAUAUGUAUAUGUGUGUGUAUAUACGUCUGUAAAAAAUUACAACCUUAGAAGAGGAUUUUUAAGUGCAAGAAUUUGUCCGGAAUAUGAGGAUUAAUAAUUAAUACAAAAAUAUCAAAGAAACAAAAUCAAUUCUAUAAGAAGAGGUGAACGUUUAAAGUAUAGACAAACGAUUGAAUGAAAGAUUGGUUUAUAGGUUAUGUGAGUUUAAAGGAUGAUAAAUAGCAGUAAGAAAAUGUUAACCAAUAAAAUUUAGGGGUUUAAAGGGAAGAGGAUUUAUUUAUUAUUAUAUAGCAAAAAUGGUGCAUCGUGUGGUGAUACCUAAACGUAGCGUUAGAAUUUUGUUGAUCGGUGAACGCGGUGUUGGUAAGACAUCUUUGAUAUUGUCUCUUGUCAGCGAAGAAUAUGCUGAAGAUGUACCAAGUAAAGCGGAAGAAAUCACCAUACCUGCCGAUGUCACACCUGAACAAGUACCAACUCAUAUCGUUGAUUAUUCAGCUGCAGAACAAACGGAUGAUCAGUUAGCAGAGGAAAUACAAAAAGCUCAUGUAAUAUGUGUUGUUUAUUCAGUCGAAGAUGAAGAUACUCUCGACAAAGCUGCUACGUAUUGGUUACCUCUCAUCAGACGUUGUUCAACCAGCAACCGAUGUCCAGUUGUACUUGUUGGAAACAAAAUUGAUUUGGUUGAUUAUUCUACUAUAGAAGCUGUAUAUCCAAUAAUGAAAGAAUUUUCAGAAAUAGAAAGUUGUAUAGAGUGUUCAGCUAAAACAUUACAAAAUGUAUCAGAAACGUUUUAUUAUGCACAAAAAGCUGUAUUACAUCCAACUACUCCUCUUUAUAAUUACGAUAUACAAGAGCUUACGGAAGAAUGUAAAACUGCUCUCCAAAGAAUUUUUAAGAUAUGCGAUUUAGAUAACGAUGGCCUGUUAAAUGACAUGGAAUUAAAUGCAUUUCAACAAUGGUGCUUUAAUACACCUUUACAACCUCAAGUUUUGGAAGAUGUUAAAGCAGUGUUAUCAAAAAAUAUUCAAGAUGGAAUUUGUAAUCGUUGUGUGACUAUGAAAGGUUUUAUGUAUCUCCAAUGUUUAUUUAUUCAACGUGGAAGAAAUGAAACGACAUGGGCCGUAUUAAGGAAAUUUGGUUACGAUAAUGAAUUACAAAUGUCUAAAGAAUACAUACAUCCUCAAUUAAAAGUUCCUUCUGGUUGUACAACUGAAUUAUCGCACAAGGGACAAGAAUUCUUAACACUGUUAUUUAUGCAACACGACAGAGAUCGUGAUGGAGCUUUAUCACCACCAGAAGUAGAUUCGUUAUUUUCAAGAUGUUUAAGUCCACCAUGGGGUGAUGAAUACAAGCAUACUGUACCAACCAACGAAAAAGGUUGGAUCACAUUUCAAGGCUAUAUGUGUCAAUGGGCAUUAUUGACUAUUACGAAUGUUAAAAAAACUUUAGAAUAUAUGGCAUAUCUUGGAUACAAUAUGUAUAAUAACGAAUGUCAAACGAGUGCUGUAAUAGUAACACGUGAGAAAAAAUUAGAUUUAGCUAAAAAACAAUCAAGUAGAAAUGUUUACACGUGUCAUGUUAUUGGACAAAAGAAUAGCGGUAAAACAACUCUAUGCAGAAGUUUUGUCGAUCCUAAAUUAGAGAAAUUAACGGAUGAUGUAAUACCUUUAAACACUCAUGUUACUGUCAAUACGGUACAUGUAUAUGGUCAAGAAAAGACAAUAAUUUUAAAGGAUAUUAAUAUAAUGAAUGUUCAAGAUGCAUUAACACCUACACAAAUACAAUGCGAUGCAGCAGCUCUUGUUUACGAUACAGCUAAUCCUAAAUCAUUUGAAUAUAUUGCACGAAUUUAUAUCAAAUAUUUCGCAGAUAGUAAAAUACCGGUAUUAAUAAUAGCUAAUAAAAGUGAUCUUGCUGAAGUUAAACAAGAAUAUUUAUUACAACCGGCAAGUUUUUGCAGUAAGUACAAGUUGAUGCCGCCACAACCUUAUAGCGUUUCAAGGGCUGUACGUAGAGAAAUAUUCGUCAAAUUGGCUACAAUGGCAGCAUUUCCCCGCUUUCAACCAGCGUGGGUAUUAUUUUAUAGACACAGCCCUUUAAGGCAUAUGGUCCACAUGUUGUUUGUCAAACCCUCACCCACUCAAUGGUGGAAUUCUUUGACAAGACAUUUAAAUCAAUUUGGGCUGAUACAACAAGAUUCCGUAGUUUGGUGGAAAGCUGGUUUGGGAAUAGCAGCAGCUACCGUUGCUGGGUUUAUGGUGAUGCGUGUCUUAAAGACAGAAAAAAGAUAGUCUACCAUAUGUUUUAUUUCGCACAUUUAACUGCCCCCACUCUCUCUCUCCCUCUCUCCCUCUCUCCCCUUUUGUUCAAAAAGAAAACCACACCCCCAUCUCAGAGAACGCAUUAAGUUAAUAAAAAUAUGUUCAUAAAUCAUUUAUUAUUGGUGUAAUUAAGAGGUUACUACUACUACUACUACUAUUACUAUUACUACUAUUUACUAUUAAUACUAUUUACUAUAUUACAAUGACUAUUAUCGCUGAAACACACAUUGUAUACAAUAGCUUUGUUUAAUCUUAUUCUUCAAAAAAACAAAACAAAAACAAAAAAUUGUAAUCUGUUUAUUUUAUUCGUUAGAUUAACAAUUUUCAUUGAUGAUUAACUAUAACAGAUCUGAGAAUUAUUAUCGAUUUUGUUU